AUGGUCUUCCCUUUGCCGAGGCCUGUCCUGUGCGAUGAUGGCACACCUCAAUCACCUGUGGCCCUUCCCGCUAAGUCUGCGCUAUCAUCUGUGAGGCAGGCGUUGGCCAAACCGGAACAAGAGACUGCCAAGUGGAGGCGGACCUUUGAAAAGUAUGCAAAAGAGGAGAAUGGCUCGAAAUUCCUCGAUCAGGACUCGUUCGUAAACGCCAUUGUGCCUAAAGACGAUCUUACGCGUAUCAGCCGACAGCAGUUCGGUAUCCUCUUCAAGGUCGCUGACCGUAGCCAAACCGGCCGUGUGAGCUGGGAUGACUUCUUCCUUUUUGAGACCACCCUCAAACGUCCAGAUGCUGAGUACUGGAUCGCAUUCGAAUAUUUUGACGUUGAUGGUUCGGGCACCAUAUCUGCUGACGAGUUCAAAAAUGUCUUCUCUGCGAAUAUUGGCCCAGACUGCAUACCGUUUAGCUUUGAUAGUGAUUGGCUCAGUUUGCACUUGGGGAAACGGGGAGGGAAUCAUGUUCUUGGAUACAACGAAUUUACACAGCUCAUGAAGGGUUUGCAAGGCGAACGUCUUCGUCAGGCAUUUAAGUACCUGGAUAAGAAUCAGGAUGGUUUCAUCGGACCAGACGAUUUCAAGCGCAUCAUAUUGGAACUCGCUGGGCAUAAGCUCUCUGACCAAAUAAUCGAACGCCUUCCCACGCUGGUCACUUUGAACCCCGGAGUUGGGGUUUCCUAUUCGGAAGUCGGCGCUUUCCACAAUGUCAUUCGCUCAAUGGAUAUCCUGGAGCGCAUUAUUCGCGAAGCAACUGCCAAAUCCAAGGAUGGUCGCAUAGACAUAGAGGACUUCCUUAAUCAUUGCGCAUCCUCCACCCGAUAUUCCCUCUUUACCCCUAUGGAGGCAUCCAUUAUCUUCCAUUUUGCCGGCGCUGGUCGUAAGCGGCUUGCCCUCAUCGAUUUUGCAUCUUUGCUCGAUCCAAGAUGGAAUGCCCUGCCUGGCCAGGCAACGGCUGUAGCAACUGUGCAUGAUCCAAAGCAACAUCAGACAAUCUUACAAGGUUUGGCACAUUCUGUAUACAACUUCAUGUUAGGGGGUAUUGCCGGAUCGACUGGUGCUACAAUGGUUUAUCCUAUUGACCUCGUCAAGACUCGGAUGCAAAACCAGCGCAGCAACGUUGUCGGGCAACUGUUGUACAAGAAUAGUCUCGACUGCGUUCAGAAAGUCUGGCGAAACGAGGGCUUUUUUGGGUUCUAUAGAGGCAUCGGCCCGCAAUUGAUUGGAGUUGCCCCGGAAAAAGCCAUCAAGUUGACUGUCAACGAUCUCGUUCGGGGAUAUGCCACUGAUCCGGAAACGGGACGAAUCAAGCUAAGUUGGGAGCUGGUUGCAGGUGGUUCUGCCGGUGGAUGUCAAGUUAUCUUCACAAACCCUCUGGAGAUAGUAAAAAUUCGCCUUCAAAUUCAAGGUGAAGCCGCAAAGGCCGAAGGAACUCCCCCAAGAGGGGCGAUCCACAUCGUGAAGCAGCUUGGUUUGAUUGGUCUCUAUAAGGGUGCUUCCGCAUGCUUGCUCCGCGAUAUUCCUUUCUCAGCCAUUUACUUCCCUGCCUACUCGCACCUGAAGAAGGAUCUGUUUCAUGAAGGAUAUAACGGCAAGAAGCUGUCGUUUGGAGAGACACUUGCUUCGGCAGCUAUUGCAGGCAUGCCUGCGGCAUAUUUGACAACUCCCGCAGACGUCAUCAAGACUCGGCUCCAGGUCGAGACCAGAAAAGGGCAAUCAACUUAUAAAGGCUUAACUGACGCAGCUGCGAAGAUCUUCCGCGAAGAAGGAUUCAAAGCCCUAUUUAAAGGAGGUCCCGCUCGUGUUAUUCGCAGCAGUCCUCAAUUCGGUUUCACUCUUGUUGCGUAUGAAUAUCUACAUAAGUAUCUUCCAUACCCGUAUGGCGUCGAGAAGCCACAAUUAGAGACACACCUUACCAGAGAACCAGAAGAUAUCACUCGCGUGCGGGCGCGCAACGCCCUCAAAAUCCUUCUCGAUUGCCAUUCCGAUUGGGGCACCUUCACCACGCCAAAACAUUUCACUCCUUUGAAAUAG